AUGUUUGGCGGAUUUGAAGCGUCCAAUCUGCUGUCGCCGUUCUACGCCGGAUGGCUCAUCAACAACGGGCCUCAUGCGGAUAAGUCGGCGAUCGGUAUGCUUCUGAUGGCCAACGUCUUCUUGGACCAGUCCAAAGAUGUCCACAACUUCGACGUCAAGGGCGAUCUGAAGCGCUGCGUUUCGCAGGACGAGAAGAAAGCGGCCAAGCCGACGGAGAGGGAUCAAGAGUUCAAGGACCAGUAUCGAAAAGGCAUCAUUCUUUCUGCCCACGAUCAGGGAAGGGUGAUGGAGACGCUGGAGCAGGAGCUCGAUAUGCUGGUUUCGCAUGCCAUCUACGACUACUCGCUGCUUAGCUCGAUCAACCACAAGGCUCGCGCUGCGAAACCGGGCUUCACCCAGCACGAGGGAGUCGCCAAGGAAGUCGAGGUCAAGAUGCGGCUGGUGGACAUCUGCUCGUGGAUGUCGCCAAGGCCGCCGACUGCAAGCACCAGUUUCUGCUCGGAAUCACCUCGUUCGUGUUCCCGGAUAAGGAAUGGCGCACAAAAUAUUGUGCGCGGAUGGGCAUCAAAGAAAAGGGUAGGAAUCGUGAAUUUUCUCAGCAUUGCCAAUAUUGCCACCGACUGCGGAGACCGAAAUACCAAAUGCCGGAAGGCCACCGUCAUCACCAAUCUGUACCAUCUCACUUCCAGGCACGGCUGGGCCGUCGAGCAGCAAGAGCAGGAGCAAGGGCCCGAAGAACAGCAAGAAGGGCGCGAAGAGCCAUACGAGCACGAGCACGAAGACCACUACCAUCUAAGGGAACCGCGUAACACGCUGCACGGCACCAUCCAGCGCGGCGAGGCCAUUGAAUCCGUUGUCGUGAAGAUGAAGCUCGUCGACGUGCUUCUGCGGGAUGCGGCGAAUGUGGUCUCCCGCAAGCACGAGUUCUUGCUUGGCGUUGCGGAUUUCGUGUUCCCCGAUCCCAAUUGGCGCGAGGGGUAUCGUCAGCGCAUGGAAAUCCAGGACAACGCCGGGCGGAUGAACAUCAAGGGCCAAGGGCCGAGCCAAAAGAGCAAU